AUGUCAAAGGUAUGGGGUCUUGUUGGUUGGCUCCAAUUUAAGGAUAUGGGGGCAAACAAGUUUUUGGUGGAGUUUCAACGUGAGCAAGACAAAAAUAAGGUUCUGUUGGGUAGACCCUGGACCUUCGACAGGUAUCUUAUUUGCAUGGAGGACGUUGAUUGGACUACUCCUCCCUUAGAGAUUCCAUUUUCUUACGAGUUUUUCUGGGUCCAAGUCCAUAAUAUGCCAUUGGUGAGUAUGAAUAAAGAGACUGGAAUGCAAAUUGGCUCGGGUAUAGGAGAUGUCAUUGAAAUUGAUACAGACAGCUCAGGUUGUGCAUGGGGUCAAUAUCUACGUAUGAAAGUUCGUGUCAAUCUAUCCAAACCUUUGAUCCGAGUCAUAAAACAUAAGGAGGGUGGAUGCACCAAGUUACAUAGAGGCCACAUCAAGACUUACAAACCUGAAUACGGUGCAUGGUUGAGAGCUACCCCUCCAAAGCCAGGAAGUGAGUUUACAAAGAGGUAUGACGGUGGUGGUAGGGGUGCUGCAGAUCCUCACGAGCGGCUAGAAGCAUUAGAGGACGUUUCUAAUUUUGGAAAGAGUAAUCAAGGGCCAAAUAAGGGGGUUGAUCCCUCAAAUCAAACAGAUGUCUUGGAGGAUUCAAACAGGACUUCACCAAUAAGGAAAGUUGCCAUUCCAACCUCAGAAGAUCCAUUGGAGCCAAAAGGGAAGGUUGUCAACAUAGCCCAAUCAAGGGGAGAAGAAUAUCUCUCUGAGUCUUUUCCUAAACAGGAAAUUGCAGAUUCUAUCAUCCAGGUUGGCCCCGAGAUUAUGGUGGUAGACAAGGGGAGUGAACAUGAUUCAGAUAAGAAGACGAAGGGCUUGAGCCCAAAGGCCCAUCAAAAAAAGGCCUCUACUGUUGAUCUAGAUCCAUCACUAGCAUCUCAGGUCAAGUCCCUUAAUCUUUUCCUAUCUUCACAGAUGAAACAAUUAACCACUCCAAAACAUUCAACCUGGAAAAGAAAAGCUCGUGCCCAGCAUAUGUUUUUAAGGGACAGUGACAUUGAGGACCCCAAGAUGGGGAGUGGCUUAACAUCUUUGCAGGGAGUGGUGGAAUUCCCUUUGAUUAGCUCAGUUCCUGUUAAAAAACAAAAGCAUAAUGAGUCCCACAUCUCAGUCAUAAUCGACAAAUGGGGGGAUAAGAAGGGUUGGAUUUGUACUGGUUUCUAUGGCGACCCCAUGACUUCAAAAAGACAUCAGAGUUGGGAGUUACUGCCUGUUCUAGAUCCUGGUGGCAGUAAUCCUUGGCUCUACCUAGGUGACUUUAAUGAAAUUCUACACUAUGGUGAGAAGUUUAGGGGAGGAUCUAGACCUUUAGCUCAGAUGGAAGGCUUCAGAACAGUUUUAAUGGAAUGUGGAUUACAUCACUUGGGGUUCAAAGGUGACAAAUUUACAUGGUGCAAUAAUAGGGAAGGUUCUCAGUUUACCAAGGAGAGACUCGACAGAGCUUGUGCAAACUCAGCCUGGAUUGAAAACUUUGGUGGUUUUUUAGUUACAACAGUAGCAGCAAGCUCUUCUGAUCAUAGGCCUCUUGUGGUAUCCUUGGAUCCAGAAGGUCAGAAUUUGAUCAGAGGGAAAAGACCCUUCAGGUAUGAGGCCAGCUGGGCCCUUAGAGAGGAUUGUCAUAAAGUAGUGGAGGAAGCGUGGAAAAGGCCAUGGAUGGUGUCUAACAAGUUGGAAUUGGCUAUUGAAGGGCUGAAAAGAUGCAAAGAAAGCUUGAGGACAUGGAGUAAAACCUCAGGGGGUUCUACUAAUAAACAUCUUCACAAAAAGAUCAAACAACUCUCUGCUCUCCAGCAAGCUGAUAAGGGUGAAUUGCAAGGAACAAUCCAGGCUGUAAAGAAAGAGAUUGACCAGUUGCUUAAGGAAGAUGAUAUUCAUUGGAAACAAAGGGCUAAGAAAAGAUGGCUCCAAGAGGGGAUAGAAAUACUAAAUUUUCCAUCAAUGUGCUUCACAGAGGAGAAAAAAGAACACAAUAAUAACAGUAGCAGAUGA